AUGGGAGGCGUGGCGUGGAGCCGGCUGUCGGACAAGCGGCAUUUCUUCACGAUGUCGUCGCAUGCGGUCUGGUCCGGGAACGGUCACACCAUUCUCUACGCACCAUUCGUGUACAAAAAUGUUGUUGGCCCCGAACAUUUCUGGAAUCCGGAUGCUGUGCAUGCAUUCUUCGCCAGGCAUUGGAGUUCGUCCAUAUACUUGGCCCUUGGCUACGUAGUCAUCAUAAACGUAAUGCAAAGAGUGAUGGAGAAUAGGAAACCAUUUAGUAUGAGAUGGAUAUUACUUUUAUGGAAUGGCACAUUGGCGGUAUUCAGCAUGAUGGGUACUUGGCGAUUUGGGCUCGAGUUUUUCAAUAUGCUUACGACGAGGCCAUUCACGGACUCUGUUUGUUUCUCCGUUGAUCCAUCAGGACCGGCAUCCUUCUGGGCCUGCAUGUUUGCAUUUUCAAAAAUCGCCGAGCUCGGCGAUACAUUAUUCCUGGUACUUCGAAAGCGUCCUGUAAUAUUUUUGCACUGGUAUCAUCACGCUGUUGUACUAAUCUACUGCUGGCAUUCGGCUGUUGAACUGACAGCCGCUGGACGUUGGUUCAUUUGGAUGAACUAUUUUGUGCACUCAAUCAUGUACACGUACUAUGCCGUUGUGUCGACCGGAGUCCGACUUCCAAAGCGGCUGUCUAUGACCGUAACUGCCCUCCAGACCACACAAAUGCUAAUUGGUGUCGUGAUCUCGGUUUACGUGUUAUUUUUGAAGCUCAACGGUGCGGUGUGUCAGCAGUCUUUCGACAAUCUUGCCAUAUGUUUCGCUAUAUACGCCUCAUUUCUCAUUCUAUUUUCGAAGUUCUUCAACACCGCUUAUCUAGUGAAGAGGGAAAAGAUUACAAAAAUAAAAUCAGCUGAAAAGGCUGAUUAG